AUGGAUAGGCAAGAGUAUCCCACCAUGGCGGCCACUCUUGAGCCUGGUCAGGCCAUCAGCGUUCUCAACGAUCGCGUCCGACAAGUUGGCCGUCUCAAUUCCGACAUUGCCGACUGGCUUCAAGAACGAAGGAGACUCGAGGAGCAAUACUCUGCUGGUCUGCGCAAGCUCGCAAGGCGAUCCCCUCCUGGCGACUCGAUCCAGGACCUUGGCAUCUUCUCGGUACCAUGGACGACGCUUACAUCCGCCCUCGAAACUCUGGCCGAAUCGCACCAAGUGCUGGCACAGAGAAUUGAAGUCGACGUCGAGCGACCACUGCGCGACUUUGGCUCGAACAGUCGCGAGAUGCAGGCCAUGUCGACCAUCCAGGGCAAUCUCACCUCAAUGGCGCGCGAUGUCGAGAAUGCACAGAAAAAGAGCGAACGUUUGAACAACAAGGGAUCCAACAAUGCAGGUCGCGCCGAUAGUGAGCUCGAGGGCGCACAGUCGCAGUGGUCUGCUCAGGCGCCAUACGUUUUCGAGUCUCUGCAAUCUCUCGAUGAGAGUAGAUUGAAUCAUCUGAGAGAUGUGCUUACUCAAUUCCAAACGCACGAGAUCGACGCCAUUGAGAAGACGCGAGUGUCGGCCGAGUCGGUGCUGAAUAUCCUGUUGAACAUUGAGACUGCGGAUGAGAUCAAGACGUACGCUCUGCGUGUUGCCAGCGGGGACAUUGUACCCAAAGAGAAGCCUAGAAGCCGCCAGUCCAUGUUCAUUCCUCCUUCCCUGGCUCCAAGCACUCAGCACGAUGACAGUGCUAGCGUGCGUUCCGGUCCUGCACCGGUAGAUCAACUUCCCGAGUCGAAGGGCAAGCAGAAGGGCGGUCUCAAGAGAUUGGGCACUCUUCUUGGCCGAAACAAGAACCGCGACAGCAAGAUAAUCCCUAACAGAGCAUCCGAGUCUCCGGAGCGCAAGCCGUCUAGGCCAUCGGCUUUCAACUCCUUGUCCAGUAGAUUUGGGCGCAACAACGACUUGCCCACUCCCCUCGAGGAGAACGAAGAACACACCAACUCUCCUCUUCGCACCAUCACGAGCAACACAAACUCGUCGUAUCGUGGACCCUCGAACGGCGACAAGGAAUUGCCGCCCAUUGAUGGCUCCGCUCAGUCUCUGGCUGCUGCAGGUCUUGCUCCAGAGCCAUCGUACCAGCCUUACCAGCAAAACACGGCUCCGCAAUUGCAGGAGCCUCUGCAGCCCUCGCAGGCUUCGUUGCCUCUUCAGCCUUCUCCUCAACCCUUUGCCCCUGACCUCUCGCAGCCCUUUCAACCUUUACAGUCAAGUCAGACUCUUCAGCCGACUCGCGACAUCGAGGGCUUCUCGGAGCCACCUCCAGCUGUCGAUCUUAUCUCGCAAGCCCAGCAAGAAGCUGCAGAUGCAAACGAUGCCAACCAACCUCAGUUCAAGUUGGACAUUCGUAAUGCACCCAUCGCCGAAGAAGGUGGAGACGCUGCUCUGACCAGUGUCGUCAACACUCUGAAGAUGCAAGCUCCUCCUCUUACCUCGCGCAGAGCAGGUACCGUCCGCGGACGUCGCGACAUGCGCGCUAGUGUCUACGGACAAUCUCCAGUUACCACUCCAGACGUUACCGAGGAAGCCUCCGCUCCUUCUAUUGCUCCUCCACCGAUACAGACCACACAGGAAAUGACACGAGCACCUUUGGAAAUUUCGACUUCGUCCCUGUCAUCGGCACAGAGUCCGUCGUCGCCCAUGUUCACAUCUGCUUCGUCCAACUUUCCCUCGUCUACCUUCUCGCCUUUCCACGGCUCUGCUCAAGCCACUGCAGCCAGCGUCUUUGCACGCCCAGCUUCGCGUAUCGGCGAGAGCGAUCACGACACUGGAUCCAUCCGCUCCGGCCGUUCUCUCAGUAGCUCGCAAAGCCAGACCAGCAAGCACCCUGAACUACACGAGCCCGGUCUCAACAGCUCCAUUAUCGAGACUGUCAGCGCAUGGUUCGAGCAAGGCCAAUUGACCCGCAGUGUCACCAUUGGCGAGAUUGCGCUUGCCUACAACCCCUCCAACUUCACCUCUCCCUUUGGUCAUGAAAACAUCCGCGUAGACGGUUUCUCCAGCCUGGAAAAGGUAGCCCCGAACCCUGCUUUCUUAACUGCCGCCGACCAAUCAGGCGAAUACAGUGUCAACCUCGCCGGUAUCCAAAAGACAGCCGUGGCAUUCAAAUAUCAAGUCUCUUCUCCUGGCACAACGGCUGCACCACUUCUGCUCACCCCAGCAUGGAAAAUCGAACCCACGCAAACUUCUGCAAUUCUCAGCUACAGUCUGAAUCCCGCCUUUAUCCUUCCUGCUGGGCAGACAAGUAUGACGCUGCAGAAUGUAGUCUUGAUGCUUUACCUCGACCCUACAUCUAAAGCAUCCACCUGUCUCUCAAAGCCAGUCGGAAACUUUGACAAGGCCAAGAAUCUCAUCUACUGGCAACUCGGCAACAUUACACUUUCUUCCACACCCGGUAAACUGCUCGCUAGAUUCCAGACACCCGAGGGAGAGGCAAGAGCUGGACACAUAGAAGCCAAAUGGGAAGUCGUCGGUAAUGGAUUAGGAGACAGUCUUGGCGUCAGUGUUAGAGAAGAGGCUGCUAAAGAGGCAGAUCCUUUUGCUGAUGAGAGUAUUGGUGGUGGUGAAGGCGGUGGUGCUUGGAAGAGGGUUGCAGAGAUCAGGAGGGUUGUUGCUGGUGUUUAUCAUGCCAAGUAA